AUGUGCCUGCUGCUCCGCGUUUUGGGCUGCGCCGUGGGCUCGCAGGCGUGGGCGCGCGCGCUGGCAGCACUGGGAUCGGACGAUGAAAUCGAAUUCAAUGCGUACAGUGACAUGCAUUACUAUAAUGCGCGCAGCAAGGGCGUCAGCUUCCAAGUCGAGCCAGUAGCGGAGGCCGGCAAAGUGCUGACAGUCGACCUCUACAACAAGCAGCCCAAAUGGGGCACGCUGACGUUGCCGAUCAAGAUUAUAUGGGAAGAACACACGUUUGUACUUGAGGCUGCUACAACCGCAUUAGAUAUGGUGCGCGCAUUUGGCGAGCCGACGCGCAAAGGCGGCGGCGAUGCGGGCGGUACGACGGCGAAAGCGCUGGGGCCAGCUAUGUGGCUCGAGUGGGCGUUGGCAGCGCCGCAAGGAGUUGACGCACCGACGCUGUAUGUCCUUGCCGAGUACGGGGGUGAGCCGGCGCGCGCCAAGGACCGCUGGGAGGCGGGCCGCGGAAGUAGUGCCGUAUGGGCGACGCUCGCAUUGAGCAUAGUCCCCGUGUAA